AUGGAACAAGGCUACAUCAAAAGCGAAAGCCAGCGGCAGCAACAAAGACACGAUUAGUCUCAGUACGCCCAUGUCAUUCCGACAGUCAAUCUCGCCGCCAUCAUCAGAUGGAGACAACUGUCUCGCGUCCCGCCGUUCACUCUCUCGAAUGGCCGGAGGUUCCCCAAACCAGCUUCAAACACGAAGAGGUCCACGAACAAGUGCAAUCAAAUGCACGACAAAGAAACAGCGAGUCUCGUUCAAAAGAAAGAGUAAAUUGGGAGGAAGAUAUUCAGGCAACGAAUCAAAGGGCACACCUGGCGUUGGUUACUGUUACUAUAGCAGACAAAGUUGUGGACUCUGCGACUCCAGCAGAGAUCAACGCUCGGCCCGACAUACAGACGCUCCCUCAGGAGCCUUCCUCGAAGACCGUGGAACCUCAAUUAGUUCAGCAUGGGUGGCUUAGACUUGGACAGCGAUUCAAGUCGACAAAGCUAUCUUGGCCGAAUCCACAACUCUCUCUUGGAACCCAAUGCCGUCGUCUGGCUGGCAAUGACUGCUGGGUAGCUAUUGGCCCAGCACGAGAGCUCUUUGCUCUCAUAAAGAAGGAGAUAGCCGAUCUUCUCGACGAGCGUAUUGACGAAUUAGAGAUAGCGGAGCCUCUGGCGGGGGAUAUUGUCAUGUUUAACAUGUACAUGAUUGGAAAGAGCGCGGCAACUGCGAAACCGAUGAUUCUCUUCACCUCCCAGAGUCAGAGUCGGCGUCGGAAAGCCAUCAAAUUUGUCAGAGAAAGUGACAUACUCAAAAAUUAUCCGAAGAUAGCUCUUGCCGAGGCCGCCAUGUCUCCACUCACGGGCGGUAGUCGAAAUAUACAGCUUCUGGCAGGGCAAAAUAUUCCAUACCCAAACGAGGAAACCUCAGCGACGACAAUAUACAAGAGAGCGAGAUACUUUGAGUCUACUGGCGCAAUUGCUGGGACUACCGUCGGUGCACUGGGCUUAGUCGCUCUCAUCAUUCUGUCGUUUUGUUUCUUCUUUCGUCGCAGAAAGCUCGCCCGCGGGAAAAGUUACCCCUCUCAUUUCCCGACUGGUGAUUUGGAGCCCCAUCGGACCUAUGUUCCAGCUCCACACAAUCAGUUUGGCAAGCUUCCAGAUAAUCCCAAUACCACGGGAAUCUUUCAGAGCCAGCAGCUAUUGGAGCUUGGCCCCGUUCCUCCGGUAUACUCUCAAUAUGGGUCAUAUGGCGCUGCGUCACCUUUCCAACAGCCUCCCAAUAUUCAUUUACCGCAAUUAAAAAUAUCGGACGAUACUGCGGUCUCUAGUAACAAGCCAACAGAACCGCUGAUUAAUGUGAGAUCGCUCAUUAUAUGCCCCUCGACACGCAGACGAGCUACGAUUGGUGGCAUCAUAAGUUUGAACGGUCAUCGAUAUGGACUUACCGUUGCUCAUCUGUUUGAUGUUGGUCCUCUUCCGAUUAGCAAUGCUCUUUCCACUGGUCCUGACGCCCAGGAUGGCGACUUUGAGUUCGCAUUCGAUCAGGAGGAUGGAGAUGACAUUGACACCAUAAGCGAUCUUACCAUUGCCAUUACCAGCCAAGCAAGCAAUUCCUCCGCAGCGUCAUUGUCACAAACGCAGACUACGAACUCAACUAGCUCAAAAGUUCCAAAACAGACCCAUUUAUUAGGUAAUAGCGAUCUCGACAUACCUAUCGAACAGAUGGCCAACUCUGAACAACCUCCUCUCAGCCCAAUCCCUGUAACUUUGCCAUUUGCAUCCUCGAUCCAAGAUACGAAACUAGGAUCAGACUGGGCCCUGGUUGAAAUUAGGUCACUUGCGCCACCAAUUGAUAUGAACCGUGCAUCACUCGAACAACGUAUUACUCACCCUAAACGGUUUGUGCAGGCCUUAGUCAAUGAGUCUGGUAUUAUUGUUGGGACAAGUCAAGGUGGAUUUAUUAGAGGAAAGAUACUUUCACAUGCUACAAUGAUGCGACUGUCGCAGCACAGUUAUUUCCAAGAAGUGUGGACGAUAAUACUUGACCGUGUUAUAGCUGAAGGUGACUCUGGAUCAUGGGUUAUAGAUGGUAUCACUGGCGACUUGUAUGGACAUGUCGUGGCUGGAGUUCCGGGUGGUCGUAUUGCAUAUCUCGUUCCUGCGUCUCAGGUUCUGAAAGAUAUAGAGCGGGUAACUGGACAGAAAGCCAAACUCGAUGGGUAGGCUAACUAGGUCGACCUCACUCUAAUACUCGGUAUAGUGGGUUGCUAAGAUAUGAUCACGUAGUUUAGAAGCCCGUUUCUUAUCCUCCUAGAGUUGUGGUAAUUUGUAUUUAGAAAAACCCCAGCUUUCGUCAUCGACGAACUUGACCAUGCUAUGCAAUACAAGAAAGCGAU